AUGGGAAGUCUUGGGACAACUACAUCGCCGCCGAGGAAGAUUGACCUGGUUGGCACGCCACGAGAAAUUGGUGUCGAGCAUGGUCGGCAGCUUCGGCAGGAAAUCCGAGGUCAAAUCGGAGUAUACGAAGCCAUGUUCCAGCAGACAUCGAAGCUGGAUUGGCAAGCGGUCAAAGAGGUCUCCAAGGCGUAUGCCUUGACCAUACAGCAACUGGCUCCAGACGUCUACACUGAAAUAGAAGGUAUUGCUGAAGGAGCAGAGCUCGACAUUCUGGACAUCGUUGCGCUCAACGCAAGAAGCGAGAUCGCGCUAGGCUUGUUCUCUGAUGGAUGCUCAAGCCUCGGCUGGAAGCGACAAAAUGAUGUGCUCCUCGCUCAAAACUGGGACUGGACUACCAGAGUCAAGCAGAACUGCUGUCUGAUGUCCAUCAAGCAGGAAAAUAAGCCGGCCAUCUGGAUGGUAACCGAAGCUGGGAUCGUCGGUAAGAUCGGCUUCAACUCGGCAGGCGUUGGUACUUGCCUCAAUGCAAUUCGAGCGAAACCCAUCGAGCCUACCAAGCUACCAAUCCAUAUUGCAUUAAGGGUCUGCCUUGAUAGCAAAACGAAGGCAGAGGCGAUCGCCCGAAUGAAGGACCUCGGUGGGGUCGCGUCCGCACAGCACAUUUUGAUAGCCGAUGCCGAUGGGCCACUGAGUCUGGAGGUGUCACCCAAAGGCGACGUUCAGAUUGAGCCGGACGCCAAUGGCCUUGUCUGCCACACUAAUCAUAUGAUCGAGAACAAACUCAUGUACGAACCACCAUGGCUGGCAGGCUCGCCUGUCAGACUGGACAGGAUCCGACAGCUGUCAUCCAAGCUGGCUGCUAGCGGGACGGCUAUAGAUGGCGAAGUGCUGCGCGGUCAGGUCUUCUCAGACACGUUCAACGCGCCGCAAGCAAUCUGCUGUCAAGAAGACCCAAAGAGGCCAAUCGAAACCCGAAGCAGUACCCUAUUCAACAUAGUCAUGAAGCUGGGAGCCGGGAAUCCUUCUGCAGAGGUUGUCUGGGGCCAGCCCGGCAGCGGCAAAGAAGGUGAGGUACUACACAUGCCCUGGUAG